AUGUCUGAAGAUCUUCAUCGCUCUAGAGAAAAUAAUAUUCGUGAAUUUUGGAGAAAUGAGAUGUGGGAAGAUGCGGAAGAUGAUGUUGAUCGAAUGAUGAUUACGCUACUUGAGAAGGAAGAGCAGAGACGUCAAGAAACUCGAAGUUCUCGAAGAGCUACAAAUCGGAGGUAUGUGGACCGGGAUCGUGAAGACAGGCAUGUUUGCCUUGUCCGAGAUUACUUCUCGGAUGUUCCAACAUUUCACGCUGAAGUCUUUCGACGACGAUUUCGCAUGCGAAGAGAGUUAUUUGUUCCCAUAGUCGAUGCCUUGACAGAUUAUUCAGAGUAUUUUCAGUGGAGGAGAGAUGCAAUUGGAAGGAAAGGUUUGUCACCACUUCAAAAAUGCACGGCGGCUAUUCGUCAAUUGACAUAUGCAUCCCCCGCCGACUCUCUAGAUGAGUAUGUACGGAUGGGUGAGAGAACUUCCCUUGAUUGCUUGAUCAACUUCUGUCGAUGUAUGAUCGAUGUGUAUGGGGCACGAUACUUGCGAAGACCCAAUGCUGCUGACACUCAACGCUUGCUUCAAAUGCAUGAGCAGAGACACGAUUUUCUUGGAAAGUUGGGCAGCCUUGAUUGCAUGCAUUGGGAGUGGAGGAAUUGCCCCAUCACUUGGAAAGGUUAG